AUGCUGGGCGUACGUCGGCUCCUCGGGGGCACGUCCACUCCCCCGCCCUCCGAGUCCCAGGCGUCCAGUGUCGCGUCCUCCCCGACAAAGUCCACAAGAUCAUCAUCACCCAUCAAGUCACGGCCGUCCGUUGAUAUACCACUUCCUGCACCUGCACCCCUUAACUUCAACAAGUCAGUGGGUAUGGGAGGGAUGGAGUCGUUCCGAGGAUUACCGCCGGGCAAGCGACCCAACUGGCCCCCACGUUCUCCUAGUCCUAAUAAUCGUUCAUCUGUGAACGGUCCAAAUGGGACAUCAUACACACUUCCUAUCUCUCCUCCACCAACAUCCCCUGGAACCACGGUCAAAGCGGGGCUCUUUCGUCGGCCGGAAUCGCGGGAUGCGUCCUCUAUCUCCUCGUCUGCUACGUCUGGUACCCGUCCACGAAGCUUGCCUCGACGUGCUCUUACAUCUGUUCCUUCCCCACCCGAAGACUGCGAGGAAGAUGGCGGAUCGAUUAGCGAUGGCCGCCUCCUGCGCAACGACUCGCUCGAAAGCACCCGACGCCGCAAACGAAAGAGCUCUGCACCUGAACUCCCACCAUCAUUCGCAAAAUCCCUCAAAGGCACGGUGCCGGCUCCUACCAAUGGUGUUGCUCGGCUUGCACAAAGCGUCAGCAUCACCCCCAACGCAUCCCCAACACGGAAUGCGUUCAUGUACGACUCUCCGAGCGCGCUCAGCUCGCCUGCACGAUCUGCUGCCUCCGCUCCCCGUGCAUCUGUCUCUUCCCCCUCCGAGGGGCGCACCGGACCAGAGCCUUACACCCCCGAAUGGCGACUCAAGCAUUCGAGCACUCUCUUGGACACGAGCGACGACAUGCUCCUCUCGCUUCUCGCCUCGCAGGCCGUCGUCGAUGCGCGCGAUUUUCAGAUGCUCAGCAUGGACGAAGUUGAGGAUCUCAAACGAGAACAUGCGCUCCUCUCUACGCGCCUCUCCGCUCUCCGUGGGAAGCUCCGCACUGAGACCAAGAUCCGCAACGCUGCUGAGUCCCUAGCUAAGCUGCAUGCCACACACAAGCGGAUGAGCAGGGCCACCUCAGAACAAUACGACCAAGCGGUGCGCAAGGUUGAGCAGGUUGAGCGGGAGAUAGGAAAGGUCGCUGAGAGAGUGGCGGAGGUCGGCCGGAAGUUGGGAGAACAUCGAGCUGGUGUAUUGAGCUGGAGCUUGACAGCCCUCGAGAAGAAAGUAGGCCUGAGUCCCGCAGUGGAAGGCGAUGAAGAGGUGGACGAAGUAGCCAGUGCGAUCGACGGCAGCAGCACAGUAUUCUCAGACCCGCGAUCACCUGCUUCUGCAGUUGGAGGCGCGAGAAGUGCGGGCACUUCGAGAGCGGGUACACCAAAAUUCGGCCCGACAAAGUUCACGGGACCCCAUCUGUUUGCGGGCUCUGAGGGAGCAGUCAUACCCCCUGUACCGAAAACACCCACUGCGCAGAAGGUGGCCGCGCUCGAGCAACAGGUGCGAGACUCCCAGAAGGAGAUGGAAGCGCUACGCUCAGAGGGGAAGGGACUGAGGGAGCGGCUGGAGCGUGCUAUUAGAGACAAGAAGGAGCGGGAAAGCGAACUGGCGGUGGUAAAGCAAGAUAUGCGAGAGAUGGAGAAAGAUCUGGAGCGGCUGGAAGGGGAGGAGAUGCGCUCUAGUACUCUGAGGGCAGAGAUGGUUGAGCUAAGGCGGGAGAAUGAGGAGUGGGAAGGACGGGUUCGGGAGUUGGAAUUGGAGGCUGAGCUAGACCGUGGGAGGACCAGUGCCUCGGGGCAGGAUGAGGAGGAGAGACUGCGGGAGAGGGAGGCCUGGGCUGCUCGGGUGGAAGUGAAGGAUCGGAAAAUCGGAGAGCUGGAGAACAUACAAAGGGGGGUCGAGAGGCUCGCCAGGGAACAUACGGGCUCGGACGACAACGCCCUUGCUGAUCUUGAGCAACAUCUCGAGGCCUCGUAUGCUCUGAGUCAGGAGAAAGAGCAAUGGGCAGAAGAACGGCACCGGCUCAAGGCUGAGGUGGAAACCCUGCGUGAACGGCUGGCAAGAGAGGUGGAAGAUGCCCGCAAGCAAGUCGACAACUUGCGCCACGAACUCACAAGUCAGAUACAAGCAAGCUCUCGCCCUGGUUCAACAGAAAAGCGCGUCUCUCAGCCUUACGGAACGGCCGAUGACGCCCAGCGUGCGAAUGCCCGACUUAUUGCAGCGCUCUCCGAACUCUGGAACCUCCUCCCUUCGGCUGAGGCGCGCUCUCAGAGUGGCCUUGGAAGGAGCAGGAGCCGCACACCCACGAGUGUUACGAGCCCCACCAGUGCUGUUCGACCUGGCGGGGUGAGCCCGACCGGUGGUGCCCCAGGGGGUGGCAACAGCAGCCUGAGCGAUAUGGAUGUCCGGACGCUCAAGCAGCUGUAUGGUGAUGCAGCCAAGGGCCGGUCGUCUCCCACCAGCGGCACCACCGCGGAAGGCUUCACUGUCGACACCUUCGUCCAGCGAUGCAAGGCUCUCAUUGUGGAUGAUAAAGCACUCAUGGAGCGCUUAAUCCGGUUUGCCCAGGCCCACGAUCUGCUCAAGGCCAAUGCGGAAAGGAGUCAGCGACUCGCACAGGAGGGAAGAGUUGGGAUGGAGACGUACCAGAAACAGGUGCGGGCAAUGGAGGAGCGGCUUCAAGGCACCACCCAGAGGGAAGCAGGGCUACUUGCGGAAAUCUCGGAUCUCCAGCGACAGAUUGAAGACGUGCGCAAUGCCAAGCGAGUCCUCGAAGAGCAAGCGGCCAUCCAGGCAGAAACCUGUCACUCCCUCAGCGAAGCUAACAAGGUCUUGUCCGCGCGUGCGCUCGCCCUUGCAGCAGAAGCUGCCGAUGCCCCCCAGGCAGCGAGGAGCAAGGUGGAAGCGCAGGUUUCGGAGCUCAAGCGGUCGCUCCAGGAGUCGCAGGACGAAGUGGAUGCUAUUAAGCGCGCUGAAGUCAGCCAGAGGGCACAGCUCCUAGAUGAGCUUAAUGCCGCCCAGACGGAGAACCAGACGCUCAGAGAUCAGCUCAGAGCACGUUCAGGAAUGAAAUAAAGCGUAUGACUUGGUUCUUAUC